AACCCCUUUUUUCAAAAGCUGUGAGAUCUUCUGCAGAGAUACUGAGUCACAAGAAGAUCAAUACCGCACAGGGAGAUCUUUCUCUUCACCCAAACAGAGAAAGAGAAGCUUCAGCCUUUCAUUUCUUUGACUUCUUAUGGACAAGGGCUCACGUUGCUCCAAAAAGUUGGAGAGAGAGACUUGAGAGGGAGAAGAACAGGCGCUUCUUUUGAAUUUUGAGAAGGUGAUAAAGAGAGAUGGGGAAGGCUACAAGGUGGCUAAGGGGAUUGUUGGGUAUGAAAAAGGAGAAAGUAAAGGAACAGAGGGAGAAUCCAAAUUCAGUUUACAAUGACAAGAAGGAAAAGAAAAGAUGGAGUUUUGUCAAGUCCGGAAAGGACAGCAAUGCCCUGUCUCAAAUUCCAGUCAACAUUCCCGGGAACAUUCCGGUCGCUGAAGCAGACUGGUUGAGAUCCUACCUUGCUCAGAGCGAGAAGGACCAGAACAAGCAUGCGAUUGCGGUGGCAGCAGCCACUGCAGCUGCAGCUGAUGCCGCAGUUGCAGCAGCGCAGGCGGCUGUGGCCGUGGUGAGACUGACCAGCAAUGGAAGAGGCCUCAGUCUGUUUAGUGGAGGAAGAGAGAGGUGGGCCGCCGUGAAAAUUCAAACCGUUUUUAGAGGCUAUUUGGCCAGAAAAGCACUUCGAGCUUUAAAAGGACUAGUCCGGUUACAAGCUCUCGUCAGAGGUUAUCUUGUUCGAAAACGGGCAGCCGCAACACUUCAUAGCAUGCAAGCUCUAAUAAGAGCACAAACAGCCGCCCGAUCACAGAGGAUUCGCCGAUCUUUCAGCAAAGAGAACCGGUAUCAACCUGAAAUUCGAGCCCGGAAAUCCGUUGAGAGAUUUGAUGAUACUAGAAGUGAGAUUCAGAGUAAGAGGUAUUCAGCAUCAGUUGAAUAUGAUGACAGUCCAAAAGUAGUCGAAAUUGACACGUACAAGCCCAGAUCAAGAUCUCGCCGGAUGAAUGUUGACUUAUCAGAAUAUGGCGAUGAUUUGCCAUACCAAACCACCUCAUCGCCGCUUCCAUGCCCGGUUCCAACUGGAAUUUCAGUUCCCAGUUGCCAAAACUUUCAUGAUUUUGAGUGGUGCUUCACGGGUGAUGAAUGCAAGUUUUCCACUGCUCAGAGCACCCCUCGGUUUGCCAAUUCUGGCAGGUACUCCAAUGCUCCUGUCACCCCUUCCAAGAGUGUCUACGGAGACAGCUACUUCAGACCUUAUUCCAACUUCCCUAACUACAUGGCCAACACGCAGUCCUUCAACGCCAAGUCAAGGUCUCUUAGUGCCCCAAAACAGAGGCCAGAGCCAGGGGCAAAGAAGAGCCUUUCCCUGAAUGAAAUAAUGGCAUCAAGAAACAGCAUAAGCGGACUUAGGAUGCAGCAGUCGUGUUCUCAAGUUCAAGAAGUUUUGAACUUUUGAGAAUUAAGUUUAUGAAAUGUCCUCUGUAUUUGAGUGAGAAAUUGCUACUUGACUAUGGAAGUUGAAAAAGAAGCAAAACAGAGAGUUUCUACAACUUUUCUUUUCCACUUUUAGUGUGAACAAGCUAUAGGAUAGAACAGAAUGCUUGUGUAAAAUUCUUUGUUGUUAUUAUCUUACUGCGCUUUGACAAUUAAAAUGAAGCCUUCACAUUUUU